AUGCAGCCGCCGUCGAAGAAGUUCGCUCGCGUCGACACGCUCGAGCUCAAGGCGCGGAUCGUCAAGCGGCUGGGCCCCCAGCGCGCGGAGCUCUACUUCCGCAGCCUCAAGAAGUUCCUGAGCUGUCAGCUCGGCAGGGAUGAGUUUGAAAAGAUCUGUGUUGCUACAUUGGGGAAGGAGAACAUCAAGCUCCACAAUUUCCUCAUCCAGUCCAUCCUCGGCAACGCGUGUAUGUCGGAUGGGCCGCCGCCGAGCAUGCAGGCGGCCACCGGAAACUCGCAGACGAGCACGGUGUCCAAUGGGACACUCACCAAUGGCUUACUGCCGGUGAGGAGAGUGAGGCCCCUGACUAAGAGGUUUGGUGAUAAGCCGAGCCCGAUUGGGAAGUCUCCUCUUGGUCAUCCGGGGGCUGGGGGUGAGUUUGUGUCAGCUGGUAGCAAGGCUUUGCAGGAGGUUAUCUCUGUGGAGGAUGGCGAGGAGGUCAACCAGGCCCGUGGCAGCCCAGUCUGUGUGCAGAGCCGAAGCCCGAUCAGGCCCCCACUGGGAGUUCUAAAGGUUCAGAAUUCUGAGCCUUCGACAUCUUGCGCUUUAGAUGUGUGCUACAAUAAUGGUGAACUUCCAGAUUCUCAGUCGCUGUCGAAGCUACUUGACGAUAAGUUGAAGGCUCAAGGUCUCACUGUGCCCAAAGAGUGUGCUGAGGUGUUGAACUCUGGGUUGAAUGCAUACAUGAGUCAGAUGCUGAAGGCCUGUCUAGGUAUUGCGAAAGCAAGGGAAGUCAACAGGAUGAUGCGCCAAGCAAAUGGACGCACUGCUGCUUCAGUAAAUAGUGGGCAGAACAAUGGCUUUCCUUUGGAGUCAAGCUGUUGUUACCAAGCCUCUUUGCUUGAUCUUUCGACAGCAGUGCUAUCAAAUGCUCGGUUAGUGCCGUGCGUGGAGAUUCGUGAGAAGAUUUCUUCCCAUCUCCACAACAGAUAA